AUGAGAAGUUAUAUAACUACUCUACUUUUAAAAUACUUGAUCUAUUUACAUUUUGAUUCCAAUUAUGAUCCAAUCUAUGAUCAGUGGCGAUUAGAACUCAUCAUUCGCAAAAUUAUUCAGUAAUAAUGUGUUAAUAAUUCGUAUUAAUUUAGUGAUAUUUAAUUUUCAGUAAGCGGAAGGGCGGGUGCGGGUGGAGGCGGUGGUGAAGAUGGUGGCGCGCCCCUUUACGGUCGUCUGGUAGCUGAGGAGCCAUUACCUCCUACAGUAUGUGGGGGUGCCGGUACCGGUGGCGGUACUGGUGGGGUUCCGCAAGAAACCCCCGCGGAUAUACACGCCAUGCAAGCCAGAAUACCCCAUAGAUUUCGUGAUCCAGCCACAGCACCUCUUAGAAAACUUAGUGUAGAUCUCAUCAAAACUUACAAGCACAUCAACGAGGUUUAUUAUGCUAAGAAGAAGAGGAGAGCGCAACAGAUGCAAAGAGAAGAUAGUUCACAUAAAAAAGAAAGAAAAUUGUACAACGACGGCUGGGAUGAUGAUAAUCAUGAUUAUAUUAUCAAGCAUGGGGAAAAGUUCCUCGAUCGUUAUGAGAUCGAUUCGCUAAUAGGUAAAGGCAGUUUUGGCCAAGUAGUAAAAGCGUUUGAUCAUGAAGAACAAACGCAAGUGGCAAUAAAAAUUAUCAAGAACAAAAAACCUUUUCUAAAUCAAGCGCAAAUCGAAGUGAGGCUUUUGGAAAUGAUGAACAGAGCAGAUACCGACAACAAAUAUUACAUAGUUAAACUAAAAAGGCAUUUUAUGUGGCGAAAUCAUUUAUGUCUGGUAUUUGAACUGUUAUCAUAUAAUCUAUAUGAUCUACUUAGAAAUACGAAUUUUCGAGGAGUAUCGCUGAACUUAACAAGGAAGUUUGCACAGCAACUGUGUACUGCCCUUUUGUUCCUGUCUACACCGGAAUUGAACAUCAUCCACUGUGAUCUGAAACCUGAAAACAUACUUUUAUGCAAUUCCAAACGAAGUGCGAUAAAAAUAGUGGAUUUUGGUAGUUCAUGUCAACUUGGACAAAGGAUAUACCAAUAUAUUCAAUCCAGGUUUUACCGAUCUCCCGAAGUCUUAUUAGGAAUACCUUAUGAUCUUGCGAUAGACAUGUGGAGUCUAGGAUGUAUUUUAGCUGAAAUGCAUACGGGAGAACCUCUGUUCAGUGGGGCCAAUGAGGUCGAUCAAAUGAAUAAAAUCGUAGAAGUACUAGGAAUGCCACCGAAACAUAUAUUGGACCAAGCGCAUAAAGCGCGAAAAUACUUUGACAAAGUCCCCACGGAUGGCUCGUAUGUGCUGAAAAAGUCAAAGGAUGGUAAAAAGUACAAACCUCCUGGCACAAGACGCUUACAUGAUAUCUUAGGUGUCGAAAGCGGAGGCCCUGGUGGUAGAAGGAUAGGUGAACCUGGUCAUUCAAUUUCCGAUUACCUCAAAUUCAAAGACUUGAUCCUGCGAAUGCUGGACUUUGAUCCGAAAACAAGAGUGACACCGUAUUAUGCACUUCAGCACAAUUUCUUUAAGCGUACAGCCGACGAGGGGACCAACACGAAUAUCGCUGCUGCCAACAGUGCUAACACGAGCCCGGCAGUAGUAUCGAUGAGCCAAGAUCAUGGACUGGUAACCAUGUCAGGACAGGGAAGCAACAACAGUGGCAAUACGAUGCAAAUAUCAAAUCUCCCUGGUGGCUAUCAGCCAAUGGAAUGCGAGUCAUCGCCUCGUCAUUUGGGGAAUCGACGCGUCGUAACAACAAAUUAUCCGUCAACCUCGGCCACUGGGGUGUCUGCAUCCGGGCCGAUGUCCAUGCAAUCUGUAGACAGUUCCCUGAUACAAAGCUCUCUUGGAUCGUAUAAUAGCCUAAUUCUUCCUGGUAUACCCCAUCUGCCUGCGAUGAUGACCUCACCGAUGAUUCAGCAGCAGAAUUUUUACAAUUACAGUUACUCGACGACUGAUGCGCACGGAAUAGUCAGACAAUCGUCGACAGUCUCAACCGGCAAACAAAGAGACCCAGAAAGGGAAGAUAGUCCUAUGGUUGGAGUAUGCGUCCAGCAGAGUCCAGUUGCUAUUCACUGAAAUGAAAAAGAAUAAAAAAGAAACUACGACGACAGUCAAUUAUACGUACUGUCGUCGCGAUAGCGGUACCGUCAGAAAUAUAUAUUAGGUGAUUAUAUAUACUGUAUAUACGAAGUUUAUGACGAUACCGUGAAACCUAUCGUACUGUUUAUGAAUGAAAGGGAAGAAAAGGAGGGAAAUGAGAACGGGCAGUAGGAAAUUUGAAGCCCUUCCCCGUUGCAUUGCUUUGCAUUUCGUCGUUUCAUUGGUUAGUAACACGGUGUGUAAUCGUGUUGGAAAAGAUGCCAUUGCUUCAAUCUAACAGCUUAAAAAAGGAAAAAGAAAAAAAAAUACGAAAUAUAUAAAAGGCAGAAACGUUAACAAGAAUUUCUUUAUUUGUAAGAAAAGGGGGCUUUAAAAAUAUAUAAGCGGUUUCUUUAGAAGAAAAAAAGUUAAAGAAAAGGAAAACGAGAACAGGGACUCAAUUGUCAACAAGACAGAAAUUCAAUUGUAAAGUAGAAAUACGAAGGAAUGCAAAGGAAAACAUGAGGGAAGCUUCCUUUUUUCCAUUAUUUUUUUCGUUCCCUUCUUAGUUUUUUAUUUAUUAUCUUAAGAAGCUGACUGGUCUUACAUUGAGCACGGAUAUACCGUGUCCGGCACAGAAGCUUAUGAUACUUUGCUUAUGAGCACGGACAGAUAAACAUGGUCUAGUGAGGAUGAACCCAGCUGGCCUCUCGGGUCCUGCCCGAUUCUGCAAACACUCCAAAUGCUUUAGUCGCGUGCAAACGUCGUUAAUAAAUUUUGGCACCCAAACUGUGUGGCCUAGAGAGCGAAAAAGUGAUAAUUACUAUUAUUAAAAAUGCAUUAAACAAGAGGAAAAGUAAGAAUUACCAGUGUAAGCAUAUACUCCAAUAGAGUUUUAUACACAAUGUCACGAAUGUAAACGGUUUAGCAAGUAAUUGCUAGCAAACAGUCGCGUCAAAUGCUAGUUAUUUGUACAAUAUAUAUAGAUAAAUGAUAAGAGUGCAGCUUUAGGAUUUAGCUUUUAAGUGUGAAAGAAAAGAACACUGACAUUGUAAACUCGACUCUUUUAUUUACUUUGAUAAAUAAAAAAGAGGACGUUGCAAACGUCAGUUUGUUGCCGAUAAAGGACUUUAAACAAACGAGGUUUGCAUGAUUUAACAAUAAUACAUAUUUAUACAGAAGACAGUAAUAAGAAAGUUAAAAGGCAGUAUACACGUAAGAUUGAUCAAGGAUGAUAUAAUCAUACAAAAACCUAGAUACUUUAUGAUAAACGAUACGCGCGUACUCAUAUACAUAUGUUUCCAAUGGCAGUCGUAAUUGAUUUUUGCCGUUUCACUUUGGUAAUUGUAACAUUAUUUAUAUUGUAUUAAUAUACCUUCCGUAUAAGUUUAUAUAAUCGUUUUCUGGCAUUUGCACUUUCUUUUUCCAGUUUCAAUAAUUAUACCGAUCGAUAUGAUUCUUCUAAUGAAUUUCUCACAUUCUUUCUGAUAUUUGGUUGUAGAGUACAAAACAACUUGGAACGUAAAUUUCAAUGCCAGAAUGCGAAAUAUUAAAUACAAAUAAAUUGUGUCAAUAGCAGUAAGAUAAUAAUAAAACAAGACACGAUGAACAAUGUAAAUUUUCGAUACUUAUUAAUAGCGUAUACUGCAACAAAUAAUUCUUGAGCUACUUUGCAUGUUUCUAUUCUUUGUUGUGCAUAUAUAUAUAUAUAU